AAUACGUUAAUAGCGGGUAUUAUAAAGAUUAGUUUCGGCCUAAGUAAGGAAAUCGUCGCCCUAGGUAUAAUAGAAAUAGAGACGCACUUUAGAACAAUAACUUUCUAUAUUUUACCUAUUAAUACCCUAUUUCUCCUAUAUCUAAAAGACAUAGAUUAA